UUCCUCCUGCUCUACAUGUCUGCUGUCAUGGCGAACUCGUGGCAACUGGCUCCAAGCAAACAUUACUGCAGUCUUCUGACCCGGGGAUUUAGUUGAUCUUGGUCUCUCCUCCAUGACUUACAGUGGACUCUCCUUGAAGUAGGAAUUCCUUCUUUGCAGUGUGCGACCUCGUGCCGUAGCCGUCUCGCGUAGUUAGGAAAUACCACGCCUUGCCAGUCAGAGCGCACUCCGUUUCUUCCCUAGUUGCGAGGGUGUUUCUAUUUUUUUUAUAACGACUGCUAAGACUUCCGCCUGGUGCUGCGACGUCGCCAGGGUCGCGCUGUACUUUCGCGCGAGCGAAUUGCCGAGAUUGUCGAAUCGCCGGUUGCACAUGGCGACGAUGUCGCAGGAGGACGGCUGGCGAGCCCUGGGGUUGCGCGAUCCGCCAUCGGCGAUUCUUGAUGACGUCAUCAACGCUGUGCACGAGACAUGGCAGGAUGGCAUCGAGGAAUUGCAAAGUUGCAUCAUGGAAAAGUGCCCUGAGGCAGGAAAGUCCAAGCUGCAACAGGACCUAGACCAGGCGUACCAUCUCGUAGAGGCGAAGAUCGAGGAGCACAUGGAGGCCUUCAAAGCGCACGCCCUCGCUACAGUCUUCAACCUCCCGCCUUCAGUGCGAGCACACCUCGCCACACUGCCACCCCCGCCGCCUCGUGCCACGUCAGCAGCUGCGCCAGCUGGCAGUGCCGCUACAGCAGGAGUGGAUGAUGACUUGGCAGCGGAAGAGGCGGCUCUUGAUGCUGAGCUGGCAGAGCUUCAUGCCACGCUGGCUCAGAAAAAGGCAGAAUUGCGGGCGAUGCGGCGGCAGCAGCGGCAGCAGCAGGCAGCAGCUAACAGCGAGGGGCAGCUGCACCUGCUGCAGCAGAUGAUGCAUGCUGAUAAUAGUGAGUUGAUGGCCUCUCACGAGCGGCUGCAAGCGCAGAUGGACAUGGCUGUGGAGAUGACAGGUGACAGGGAGUCUCUGCCUCAACAAGAGGAAGGGGUGGAGGGUGUGGCAUUGCUGGCAGCAGCGCAUCGGGGGCUCACUGGAGUGCUGGAGCAUGCUGGGAGGCGGGCAGAGGGGGCUGGAGGGGAGUGAGUGAUCUGUUUCCCCCCAUUGGAGCCUGUGCUGUGCUCCCAGAUGGCAGUAAUGCGAGCAGAGUUACAGGGGUUUCUAAUCUCAAAACGUGUACAGGCAUCAGGACUCAGGCACGCUUGUGAUGAUCGUGGUCUGUAGAUUUACGCAGGGACUCUGCAUGUGGUAGUAAACUUUGUAACUCUGCUUUUUGCCGAACAGCAAUGCAUUGCUGUAAUGCUGCCAGCCAAGGGCAUCUCAUGAAAUUCAAGA